AAAGAGAGGAAGAAGAAAGAAGAGGAAGAAAAUGAAGUUAACAAAUGUAUUUAGAUUUGCUACUGUCUCUUCUCACUCUUCUAAUUCUUCAAUCUUUCGUUUGAACCACUUCACUUCUAUUUCCACUGCCAAUUACGACAAAUUGAAAUUCGCUUCCGUAAGAACCCUACUGAAAGUGAAGAACCUCAAACUCUCACUCUCCCAACGCGCCUUCAUUUUUCAAUCCCUCGCCGCCAACUACCUCCGUAAUUUCCGUUUUUCUGGGUUGUUGGUGCAUAUUCCAGGCAGUUACAUGUGCAGUGGAAGCAUUUUAGGGGUGUCAAUUGCUUCUGCGCCAAUUAUAUCUCAUGCCAUGGAUGCUGGGGAUGCAUUGGUGGAUGAUCAUGACUCGCAGUACCUUUCAGAGGAGGAAGAAAAUGUGCACUGCUUGUGGAAAUUGGCUAGGAAAUUUUGGCUGCCUGUUUUUUUCUUUCUCACAGUGUUGACAAACUUGGAUGACCCAAUUGCAAUAUUAUUCAUUAAACUUACCUUAUUCCUCAUCAGCACCAAGCCCAAUCCUUUCUCUGUCUAUAUUUUUGUCGAUCAGUUGUGCCAACAAUAUAUGCACCAAGAAACUGGAUUUCUUAAAGUAAAGUCAUUAUACGCCAGCAAAGUUGAAGUACAGGACUAUAAGCUUCUUUGCUUGGCUGCAGUUGAAGUAAAAGGUCAAAAGUUUACUUUGGUUGGAAUUCUUGGUACUUGGUGGACUCUGCCACAUUUAUCAUCUUGGGAAGCAUUCUCUUUUGUUAGAAAAAGACUUGAAAGUAUCUUGGUGAGAUCAACAUAGCAAGGUAGUCUGCUAAUUUAAACUUAGCAGUCCUUCUGUGUUGAACUGAAGUACUUCUCAUUUUAAAGGAUUUCCCUUUCCCAAGUCUUCUAUUGUGAUCAACAAGUUAAUCAUUCAGGGGUUGUGGAAUAUGGCGAUCCUCUGUUGGCUUUGUCCCCUUUGUAGCUUUAUUAAAAUCACGUUAUACAUUGAAGAAGAAAAAAUGGGGCUGCUAGAGUGGAUGAAUGAUGAAUUAGACAGGACUGGUUAUUUCUUCUAAUUAAAUUGGCCUACCAAAGAUACUGACACUUUUU